GACAAACGAGGCGUCUCGCACCAAAGUGUUUCCAUCGCCAGCAAGACGACGGCGAUGAGGUCUCGAGGGAACAAGAUGGAUAGCGAAGGUCCGCUAAUGGAUUGUGGAGUGCGGUGUCUCCGGAGCGAUGCCAGUGCUCCUGAAAAAAGUGAACGUGACAAUACAAGCAACUGGACACGUGGUUUCCUGCCUCCGCGGAGCCGCUAUCUUCCUGCAUUAAUAACGUCCUCAGCUGCUCGGUUCCGGAUGACUCACAGCUGUGAAUGGAAACAGCCAGAAUAGUUUGAAGAUGCUGCCACUUGUUCCAGUCUUUGGUGAUCACCUCCCAGCCUGGAGGCCUGCAGGUAACACAUGUCACAACGGCCUGGUGCCCCCCGUGGCCCGGUCCGCCUUGCCGUCUGUUCACAGCGCUCUGAGUGUCAAGCACUUUCUUCCCUUCCCGUUGGACAACAACGCCUCGGCCGCCAUCAACCUCUUUCCCGGAUUCAACGCGAUGGACCUGGUGCAGAAGGCCGUCCUCCAUCACACGCUGGGCCUCCCACCUGCCGCCGCCGCCGCCGCCAAGAGGAAGCACGUCUCCUGCGGCGUCUGCCGGCUGAGGUUCAACUCGCAGAACCAAGCGUUGGCCCACUACAAGGGCACAAAGCAUGCCAAGAAGCUAAAAGCCCUGGACGCUCCCAAGAGCAAGCUCAAAGGAACGUCGCACGGCAAGGAGCCCGCUCCAGGCAGGAAAGAUGUGGUUCCAAGCACAGAGCCCCCGCCGCUGUGCCCCGCGCUCCGACUGGCACCCCCCUCGGACUCCACGGCGACCCCCGCGACGCCGACCGACGUUGCCGGACCUUCGUCUCCAGACCCGGAUGCCCCGGAGACGACCUCGGAGCUCGAGCUCAACUCGCCCUCGGAACCGGAACCGGAACCGGAACCGGAACCCGACCCUGACGUUGAACCCGACGAGGAAACGGAACCGGAAACGGAGGAGGAGAAAGCUCGGCGUCUGCUCUACUGCUCGCUCUGCAAGGUGGCCGUCAACUCGGCUUCGCAGCUGGAGGCUCACAAUAGCGGUACCAAGCACAAGACCAUGCUGGCGGCCCGCAGCGGCGUGGGCUCUAUCAAGUCGUUCCCGCGGCCGGGGGUCAAAGGCAAAAUGGCGCCGCCGUCCUUGUCCAAAGCAUCCACGGGCCUGCAGAACAAAACGUUUUACUGUGAGACGUGCGACGUGCACAUCAACUCCGAGACGCAGCUGAAACAGCACAUCAGCAGUCGUCGUCAUAAAGACAGAGCGGCAGGGAAACCGGCCAAGCCUAAGUACACUCCCUACAGCAAAGGAGCCACCAAGCAGACGCAGAUCAAGUUGAGUUUGGGCAAGGAGCCUCCGUGCCCCCCGCUGACCACCCACCUACUUCCCGCUCAGCUGAUGGCCGCCGCCCUCGGCAACACGUUCUCUCAGCGGCACGGCCACGCCCCCAACCCCGCCCUCUUCCCGACGACGCCCCUCCCGCUCCCCCUGCUCCGCCCCGCCCCCGGCCCCAUCAGGACCGCCCACCCGCAAGUCCUCUUUGCGCCGUACUGACCCCCUUGAGUGGGCGGCGGAGCAAAUGGAGCGACCAGCCUAUGCAUCCAGGACUCAUCAUGAUUGACAGCUGUCGAUCGACGUGUACAGCGAAAUGAGGGCAAUAACGUAACACGCACACACACACACACACACACACGUGAACUAUGCAGUGUCAGUACUUCGUGAGGGUCCCCAGGUGAUGCUCACAUUCCUGUUUGCACUUUAACUUCUGUUGACGUGCACGUUCGACGCUAGACUGUGUUUGAUGGUUAGACGAUGUGUCGCUUUUUUGGUUUUUGUUUUUCUCUUUUCGUUAUUGCAGCGAACUCCCAAAACGUUAGCGAUGUGGGGUUUGGGUGUGACGUUUCCACAUGAACCACAACAGGUGAAUUUUAUCUUUUGCAAUUGAAUCCCUUCUAUAAACCAUUGAACUCAGCAAAUUUGAACCUUUUGUAUCAUUUUCAGUUUCCCCACUUUAAUGUUGAAGAUAAUCAAAGAAAUGUAAAUAUCAGACAUAUAUAUAACCCAAGUGGGAAAAACAACAACUUAUCAGUUAGCUGUGUGCCCUGUGUGAAAAAAGUAAUGGCCCCCCUCAACCUAAUAAGUUAUGCCACCCUCAGCAGCAACAACUGAAAUCAAGCCUUUUUUAUAACUGGCAAUGAGUCUCAUAAGCCAUGUUACUUUUCGAUGUCCAUUUUGGUCAGCAGUGGUUUUCGCCUUGGAACUCUGCCAUGGAUGCCAUUUUUGCCCAGUCUCUUCCUUAUUGUUGUAUCAUGGACACUACCUUAACUGAGGCGAGUUCUGCAGUUCUUUGUGGCCUCCUGGAUGAGUCAUUGCUGUUCUCUUGGGGUAAUCUUUGUAGACCGGCCACUCCUGGGAUAGUUCACCACUGUUCUCUGUUUUCUCCAUGUGACGAUAAUGGCUCUCCCUAUGGUUCGCUGGAAUCCUAAAGCUUUAGAAAUGACUGAUCGAUAACAACUACUUUAUGUCUUGACUGUUCUUGAAUUUUUGGGGAUUUUGUCAUUUUCUCGCAGUUCAUGUAGAUCAUGUGAUUAUUAUUUUUCCUUAAUAAAUGAAAUCACCAUUUAAAAACAGCGUUUGAAGUUCACUUGGGUUAUAUUUGUCUGAUAUUAAAAUGUUUUCAUUAAAGUAGGGAAACUGCAAAAAUAUAAGAAUUUGAGAAGGGGGCGAAUACUUUUUCACGGCACUGUCGUCCCUCAAAGUUCUUUCGGUCUGUUGCCACGAAAAAGCACAUUAAUAAUCCCAUAAAACUUAGAAGUUGAAAUUGCUGGGAAGAAAAUUGCUCCGGAUUUAGAAGAAAAUAAAUUGUGAGAAGCAACAAUUUAGUCUCUUAAAUUGACCACAAAACUCCAUGACUUUCACCAUGCCAACCAUUUAAAAUCAUUACAUUUUAUGAUGUGAUGAAGGACAUUAACAAUCCCAUAAAGACUGGAAGAAAAUGAGUAAAUGACCAUUGAUUUUUCCAACUUUGUGUCAUCGGCAGGUUGCAACAUUCAGCAUUUUAUCGAACAAGAUGAAGUUGGACCGAAAGGACGGAAAUUUACAGGUAGUCAAAUUAAAAUCAAGUGUAAAGUUCAUCGUAGGUUCAUCCAGAAAUUUCACCCCAAACCCCAAUAUCGUCAAACUUUUUGUGAGGCGUGUGUGUGCUCGUGUGUAUGCGGUGUGUGUGUGUGUGUAUGUAUGUAUGUAUGUGUGUUUGUUGUCUGGAGCUUUUGGUGUGUUUCGUGUCCAAUGUGUUCAAAGUGUUCAUUUGGAAUAAAACAAGAGUUAACUUUGUUAAAA